CCCCCAGCCAGUGGCUCUGCUGCGCAGCUCCCUUAGCGGUUGCCACUGCCGGAGACGGUUGGGAGGACCGUUGUAGGGAGCGCCGCACGAGGCGAACGACUGCCCCGUCCUCACGACCGGACCCUCCCGAGCAGCGGCGUCGGCGUUACUAUCGCCCGACAGGGUAUCUGAAGUAGCAGGGGCAUUUAAGUCAAACGAUAUUGAGAUGGAUUGGGUUAUGAAACAUAAUGGUCCAAAUGACGCUAGUGAUGGGACAGUACGACUUCGUGGACUACCAUUUGGUUGCAGCAAAGAGGAAAUAGUUCAGUUCUUUCAAGGGUUGGAAAUCGUGCCAAAUGGGAUAACAUUGACGAUGGACUACCAGGGGAGAAGCACAGGGGAGGCCUUCGUGCAGUUUGCUUCAAAGGAGAUAGCAGAAAAUGCUCUGGGGAAACACAAGGAAAGAAUAGGGCACAGGUAUAUUGAGAUCUUCAGAAGUAGCAGGAGUGAAAUCAAGGGAUUUUAUGAUCCACCAAGAAGAUUGCUGGGACAGCGACCGGGACCAUAUGAUAGACCAAUAGGAGGAAGAGGGGGUUAUUAUGGAGCUGGGCGUGGAAGUAUGUAUGACAGAAUGCGGCGAGGAGGUGAUGGAUAUGAUGGUGGCUAUGGAGGUUUUGAUGACUAUGGUGGCUAUAAUAAUUAUGGCUAUGGAAAUGAUGGCUUUGAUGACAGAAUGAGAGAUGGAAGAGGUAUGGGAGGACAUGGCUAUGGUGGGGCUGGUGAUGCAAGUUCAGGUUUUCAUGGAGGUCAUUUUGUACAUAUGAGAGGCCUGCCUUUUCGUGCAACUGAAAAUGACAUUGCUAAUUUCUUCUCCCCACUAAAUCCAAUACGAGUUCAUAUUGAUAUUGGAGCUGAUGGCAGAGCAACAGGAGAAGCAGAUGUAGAGUUUGUGACACAUGAAGAUGCAGUAGCUGCCAUGUCUAAAGAUAAAAACAAUAUGCAACAUCGAUACAUUGAACUCUUCUUGAAUUCUACUCCUGGCGGUGGCUCUGGAAUGGGAGGUUCUGGAAUGGGAGGCUACGGCAGAGAUGGAAUGGAUAAUCAGGGAGGAUAUGGAUCUGUUGGAAGAAUGGGAAUGGGGAACAAUUACAGUGGAGGAUAUGGUACUCCUGAUGGAUUGGGUGGUUAUGGCCGUGGUGGUGGAGGCAGUGGAGGUUACUAUGGGCAAGGUGGCAUGAGUGGAGGUGGAUGGCGUGGGAUGUACUGAAAGCAUCACCACCAACACAUACGUACAAGUCCUAACAACAGCAUCUGGUCUACUAGACUUUCUUACAGAUUUCUUUUGUAUUUUAAGAACUUUAUAAUGACUGAAGGAAUGUGUUUUCAAAAUAUUAUUUGGUAAAGCAACAGAUUGUGAUGGGAAAAUCUGUUUUCUGUAGGUUUUAUUUGUUGCAUACUUUGACUUAAAAAUAAAUUUUUAUAUUCAAACCACUGAUGUUGAUACUUUUUAUAUACUAGUUAUUCCUAAGGAUGUGCUGCCUUCAUAAGAUUUGGGUUGAUGUAUUUUACUAUUAGCUCUACAAGUAGUAAGUAGUAUUAGUGUAUUACUAGAGGAUAAUGGUUCACCCCUGCAUAAACUGCAAGUCUUAAUAAGCAGACAUCUGGAAUAGAGCUUGAAGAAUAAUUAGUGUAACUUCCUUUAAUUUCUCCUGGACAAUAUUGUAAAUAUAAAGCCUAAAGAUGAGUUUAGGUGGCUUUCAGGAACAUAAGAUCAGCUAACUAUUCUUUUUCAAAUGUCAUUUAUCAAGCAUAGCUCUGAAAUGUUGAUGAUCCUGAGGUUUCUGAAUAUUCAAAAUUGUGUUACCUGGGGAUGGCAGUGUUGUAAGUUUAAAUUCAAACCCUCCUAGGUGUUAAGAUGAAAAUUCCUUCAGCACUUGACUGAAGUACAGAUGUUUCCAAAAAGUGAUGGUUUGUAAGUUAACUCAAAAUGUCUUAGAAAACUAAGGUUCUUGAGGAUUCCAUGUAAAUACAUAGGUAUUUACCAUGGAAUAUAAUUCUCACAGAUGUAUUUUCGGUUUGCUGCCCAAUAUAGCAUAUGAUUCCUUAAAUAAUUGUGUAAAUGACUACUAAAAAAAUGUAAGAGAAGUCCAUGUCAUAGUGAAAUAAGAUGAGAAUCCUGCGGUUGGUUUUGCAUCUGAUACCUGCUUGGAAUUUUAGUUUACUAUUAUGUAGCAAGGAAAAGGUGCUUUUUAAUUUUAAUCUCCUUGGUCAAUAUACCUUUUUUCCAGAAUUGGCUAAUGGAUCAAAAUGAAACUGUCAAUGUGAAUAUUCAGUUAUUGAACUUGUUACUUGUUUUUCCUAGAAAUGUUAUUAAUGUAAUAAAUGUCAAUGUGGGAGAUAAUA